AAGAGCUCCUCAUUGGGCUCGGGUACAUGAAAAUAGCAGUCCUAUCUAUCUAGCUCCGCUUCCAUCCUUAGAGUAAUGUGUACUGUCAAGGGGUACGGGUUUUGCGCCUAGAUCGUAGAAUCAAGUCAGCCCAUUGCAUCUUCAACAAUUACAUUUGGGCAAUAAGGUCAGGCCCACACUCAGUACUGUCAGAGCAAAAGCAUUGUUUGGGUUUUUUGGCGGCUACAACUUCCAGGAUAGAAUUCUUGGACACCAUUGUUGGUUUACUUCAUUUUUUUUCCUGAUUGAAGCUCUAUUCUUUGUAGUUGGAGAAGAAUUCAGCAUUCCUUCAAAUCAAACACAAUUCAUUGCCAAAUUAUGCUCUCAGGCUUGGCUACUGGGAAUCACUUGCAACCCAAAUUUGUCAACUUGCAAACAGGGCAUGUUUCUGGUCGUAAGAUGGGGAAAAUAUAUUUGGCAAGACUUGGGCAUUCAAAGAAACGAACUGCAUGCAAAUUUUCCCCAUCAGAGAAAGUCACCUUUGCUCAUGAGGAGCAUGAAAAGAAUUGGCCUUUGGUUAAGAUGUGUGGGAUUGCAACAGCUAGAGAUGCUGCAAUUGCAGCAGAAGCUGGAGCUAAUUUUAUUGGGAUGAUUAUUUGGCCCAAUUCAAAACGUUCCAUUUCACUUUCAGUAGCAAAGGAAAUUUCAAAAGUUGCAAGGUCAUAUGGAGCAAAGCCUGUUGGUGUGUUUGUGGAUGAUGACACGGACACAAUAUUGCGAGCCGCAGAUGCAUGUGAUCUUGAGUUUGUGCAGCUUCAUGGAACUGGUUCACGGGCAGCUUUUCCAGAUUUAGUUAAAGAAAAACAGGUAAUAUAUGUUCUUCAUGCAAAUGCGGAUGGAAACCUUAUAAAUCAAAUUUCAGAUGAGGAUUGCUCAAUGGUUGAUUGGGUUCUUGUUGAUAGUGCAACAGGUGGUAGUGGCAAAGGGUUUAACUGGGCACAGUUUAAAUUACCACCAAUUAGAAGCAAGCAUGGAUGGCUCUUGGCAGGAGGAAUCCACUCUGAAAAUGUUUGUGAAGCUCUGUCUAUUCUUAAACCUCAUGGGGUUGAUGUCAGCAGUGGCAUUUGCGACUCAGAUGGCAUCAAGAAAGAUCAAUCGCAAAUAUCUUCCUUGAUGUAUGCUGUUCGUUCUGUACGCUAUUGAUUGUGCUUUAAGGUAAUCAAUCCACAAUUGCGCAGACUGCAAUCUGGCUCAUCAAAUUGACAGAAGAUAUUACAUUAUAAUUGUGUAUGCAAUUUCAAUUUACUUUCAUUUAUUUAAGGGUAAGUUCUGUGCUCUUGGAAGUACAAGGACCUCUGUACUCAAAAAGUAUAAUUUGUGGUUGUUUUAUUCAUUCACUUAAAAGUUCCUGAGCACCUCAAAAUGUUUUGUUCAAA